AUGUCAUUGUAUGCAUCAGCAUCAUUUGGAUCAAUUCUGAUAGCUUCUUUAUACUUACUUAAUUCUGGUUGUAAAUUCUCCCCUACCUUUUCAAAGCUAUUAUGAAUGUUUUUCAAUUCAGAAUGAAUUUCAUGCGAAAUUCCUUUGGACUUUUCUCUGUGAAAUCUCUUGAUAACUGCAUCAAUUUGCCUUCCUAUUUCACAGAAUAACACGAUAUUAUUAUUUAAUUUUACUGUAAAGAUUGCCUUGGCUUUUUCAACAGCUUCAUUUGACUGCAAGGCUAACAAAUUUAAAACUGGAUCUUUCUCGAUUCUCGAUAGUUUUUGUGCUUGUCAGAAUUUUUCAACAUAG